UCCAAUACUGAUUGCCCUAUUAUUCUUGGCAAGUGGCUGCUCGGCUCGUCUGCUUCCCAGCCAAAAUGAGUCACUGUGGUCAGCGGAUAUGGAGUCCAGAGCUGCACUCUGCUCCAUUCGGAUUAGAAGCACGGAGUUGAAGGAUCCUCAGCCACUGUUGAUCAGGCCAGGCACCUCUGAGAUUUAUCCCUACACGGCCUACGGCUACGUACAGGUUGCCUCCGGCGAGCCCAUUGAGUUUUUCUGCAGUAAGUCCCUGGACUGGCCCUUUUCGGGUAAAAAAAGCGUGACUGCUUUUUGUAUGGAAGGCUCGUGGUAUAAAAUUGGCGAUAACGAGUACCACAUCUCGGAGUUUAGAUGCUUAUCUUGGCCGGAUUUCAUUGGCAAGAGUACCGGUUCCAGAUGCAGUAGUGGCAACCUGAUCGACGUGGGCUUCGAACUCAACGGAAAACGGUUUAUCAAAGAGUACGAGGUGUGCUUCGAUGAGAAUGAGGAAGUCACACGUUAUGUCUAUCACACUUUGGAUCGAGCCAGCAAUUAUUAUGCCACGGGUGUGGAUCAAAUAAAAUUUGCUCACGGCGGAUUCUUCGCUAGCAAAAAGGUGGACAAACUCUACACGCCGGAGGUGCAGAAGGAGACCAUCAAUAAGGCCUUGGGCAUGGACGCGUCCCGAUAUAUUAACUCAGAUGCGAACAGGUUCUUGACCCGAGGCCUUUUGGCUGCCGAGACCGACUUUGCCUAUACUCCGGAGCAGCGUUCCGCCUUCAUGUUCAUCAAUGCGGCGCCUCAAUGGCAGUCCUUCAAUGUUGGCAACUGGGCCCGAGUCGUGGAAGGAGUGAAGGAAUGGGCAACCAAGACUGGCAAAAAAUUGGAUUGCUGGACUGGCGUCUGGGGUGUCACCACUUUGCCCAAUAAGGUAGCCAAGCAGACUCCCUUGUACUUGUCCUAUGAUGAGCAAGGCAAUGGCCUGAUCCCAGUUCCCAAGAUCUUUUUCCGUGUGAUCAUCGAGCCUGCCACCCAAAAGGGCAUUGUCUUAGUCGGUGUCAAUAAUCCCUAUCUCAGUACCGGUGAGAUCGAAAAUGGCUAUAUUCUGUGUAAGGAUGUCAGCGAUAGGAUCAACUGGAUCAACUGGAAGCGAAAUAUCAUUUCUGCCGGUUACUCCUAUGCUUGUGAGGUGAUGGAGUUCCGCAGAAAGGUAAUAAACUUGCCACAGUUCAAGGUUAGCGGAUUAUUGGUCUAAGUCUAAGAGUUAUCAAAAGAAUUUUACA